AUGAAAAAUAGCUCUGCGUAUGAAGGCGAACAAAGCAAGAAUUUCUUAAAUAAUGCGCACAUAGAGAACAGCGAAGUAUUAUUAAGAAGCAUGGAGGAGAGAAGGACCAAAAGCACAAAUCUUACAAAUACAAAAGAAGAAAACAAAAGCAUUAUAGACAUGCAACGGGCAGUUAUAGAUAAUGCAGACGUGGCGGAUGGAGGGGAUAAAGACGCGAAUAAGAAUGAAGAUCUGAAGAAAGAUGAAAAUGAAAAUGAAGACGAGGAGAAUAAAAAAAAUAAAGAAAACAAAGAACAGGAAGCAGACGAACCAUCUACAGGAAGAAAUUUUAUUCCCAACAGAAAUAAUGCGCAACAGACACCGCCAAUGUUUGCACAAAGAGGUAUGCCUGCUCAAAACAGAAGGCCUCCAGUCUAUCCAAACAUGCCUCCUAAGGCGCCUCUGAAAAGUCCAAUUAGUUUGCAAACAAUAGCCACAAUUAUUAUGAUUAUAUUCUUUUCGGCGAGUUUGUACUUUUUGUUCAAGACCCAUGGAGGGCAGGGCGGCAUGACUAAUGGUGCGUCUAAGAAGGACUCAUACUUCAUGAAAAACUUUGACGAGUUGGCAGAUAGGUAUAGAAGGCUAAAGCCAAGUCAGUGUAAGCAGAGCGCGUAUUAUGGGCUAGAUGAACAAUUCAAUAGUUACAUUAAGUUAAUUUUGCCCUACAUAGAAGGUGGAGAAAAUUCAGCCAGUUUAUGCGGUGAUAGAAUGCUUACAAAGAAUUUAAUGGUUUAUGGUAUGCCUGGUACGGGAAAGUCAUUUUUUGCUAGAAAGCUGUUCUUGUUGACAGCACUUAACAUAAAAGCAGAGAAGCUUAAGAAGAAGUACCUAGUAAAGAAUCUGAACAUCAAGAACAAGAAAAAUGCACACAGCAUUAUCAGAGAACUAUACGACUGCGAUGACACAAUCGAGUUGUACCAAAUAGAUUCUGGAAUGUUUUUGAACAAGCUAGUUGGUGAGUCCGAGGAAGCAUUUAGAGUAUUUAAGGAGUUUAUUGAGUGGAGACAGAAAACAAUUCCUGUGUUUGUAUUUAUAGAUGAAGCCGAGUCGGUUUUCAGCACUAGAAAGUCAUCAGAUACUGGCGGUGGCGGGCAAAUCGCGCUAAACUUAAAGACAAUGUGGCUUACUUGGCUAGACGGAAUACAGGCAAAAGAAGAAAGUCGAAAAUUUCUUAUAGCAGCAACGAAUUUCUACGAAUCAAUUGAUGAUGCUUUAAAGAGAAGAUUUGAAUCAAAGCUUGGUAUCCCUCUGUCAGUUAAAUCAGACAGAAAGACUCUUUUGGAAAAGGAGCUGUUUAAAACAAAAGUAGUUGAUGUAAGGGAUCGCGUGGAUAAGAAUAAAAUUUUAGCUGAAACUGAAGGAAUUCAAGGGAAUGACAUGAUGAAAAUAGUUUAUGACUUGAAAAAGAAAAAGAACAGCACUAAAACUCCGGUUUCUUUGAAAAAAGCACUAAACCACAUACAAAAGCACAAAAAAAUAUUAAAUCAAGCAGAUGCAGAGAAAAAGGAAAAAGAUAAAAUGUAUAAAAAGCAUCAAAUCCACGAUGAUACGAAAAUGUCAAAUCCUGAUUCAAUAAUAACUACCCUUCAUUGGGAGAAAACUGAUUCAAUCCCAGUUACCAAGCAAGAAAUGAUGAGUAUUGAGGAGGAACUGGCUAUGCAAACAGAGAUAGAUAUUAAAGAGAAUGAGGAUCAACAAGAAAUCAUGGCUGGCCUAGGCAUAUCUUUGAACCAUGAUGAUAGAUCUUCUGAUGAAUUAAAAGGAAGCAGCCAAGACUCAGACAGCAGUUUAGAACAAGACGAGCCAUUCAACGAGGGCAUGCUUACAAGUGCAGGAAACUGGCUAGCAGGCGUUCUUGCAAAAAUAUCUUCCUAGUACAGCUAUGUUUAUGUAUUAGAGAACCCGUGUCAAUAAAACCAGCU